UUUUUUCAAAUUCUGAAUAAUUCUAUCAAAUACCUAAAGUGUGGUGAUUACAUAAUUUAUGUUACCAAUAUUUUUACGGCAAAACAUUUUACACCCGUUUUUUUUGUAGCUGUAAGCCAGGUGUGUUUUUGUUUUAAAUCAAAACAAAGGUGAAAUUGAAUGCCGAUCACAUAUUUUUUGGUUUUUGGACGCUGAAAAGGCUUUUUUUUUAUUUUGAAAUGAAGUUUGCCUUUCCGCGUGACAUCGUCGACAAGGGAUCGCGCCAUGUGUGUACGCUUGCGAUCCGCUUUUUCACGCUCCCAUAACUGAAUUACUGAUACACAAACUUGUUUAUGUUCAUCCUAGAAUCUUUAAUACUUUGGAAUAAAGUUGAAAAUUCUAGUUUAGAACUUUGCAUAAAAGUUUGCGCUAAACGGGAAACUCUCAAACGUCCCGUGGGCCCGUCCGGCCGGCAUUGCGCGAAACAUUGGAUUCUCUUCAAAUAUUAAUUGUUCAGCAUGCGUCAGUAAGAUUUUAACUUUGGAGAUGCCUUUAUAAUUAAUUAAACUAUUUAUAAUUCUCGGGGUCAGGCCUUAAGAGCUGCAUUUGAUAACAUUUUUUAAGGAUGUUACCUAUCUUUUUGGUGAUCCCUACAUAGUUAAAAGUUAAUAACGGAAAAAAGAACUACCAAUUGAUUUCCACCCUUCUGAGAAUACAUUUCACUAAUGGAUAACAUAACAAUAAUAAGAUAUUUUUAUUAAAUAAAUAUAAAAACUAAAAGCAUUAGGUACCUUAGGUUUCAGACUGUUGCAAUAUUUUGCGUGACAUGGAAUGUUAAUGAUUUACAGUUUGUCAUUUGUGUUGACAACUUUUUUGACUGUUAUUUUAAUACUUUAUAUAACGCAAUAUUUGUACUAUACAAUAAUGUUACAAGUAAAUGAUUUAUAAUAAAUGAUUACAGCUGUAUCACAUGUAAAUUAAAGAGUAUUGCAAUGCAUUAUGCUAAUAAGGUGUGUGAUCUUGAAUGUGGAAAAAAAGCCGUGUGUACGCACGAAUUCGUGGGCCCAGUAAAGAUAGUGUUAGUUGAAUCAACAGCAGUUGACUAUCAACGCAAAAUCUGGGGUUCAGCUGCAUUUACAUUGGCCACGAUGUUAAUGGGAGCUACAGUUUUCGCAGUAUUUUUGUUUACUUUGUCCUUUAAAUUACCAUUGUUCGUAAAUUUACACGUGGUGCUUUGUACUGUGGGAUUUCACUUAUUUACGACGACUGGGAUCCUGAUGUUCAGUUCUUUAUUUGGUGGAUCAAUGCACCUGACACCAGAUGACAGAAAGGUGCAGCAUACAAUUUUAGAAGUAUUUGGUUUUCUCAUUGGCUGGGCUGGAAUCCUCCUCAUGAUUGAAUAUCAGGAACCAACUGUGCACGCACUUGCAGGCUUUAUUGGAGCAAUCCUAGCAGUACUCAGCAGUGUAAUUGGUCCCACAGUAUAUCUCACAGGUCCAAAAAAGUUUGGCCUGUUCAAGAAGAAUGCGCAUAGAUUCUUCGUAAUACCAACUUUCAUAUUGUUAACCGUAUGCUUCGUUCUGGGGCUAAUGAAAGCAAGUUUCAUAAAAUGGACACCAAUCAAACAUUUACAUUAUAUCUUAAUUGCCUUUACCGUAUUAUAUUCUGUAGUUACUCUGGUUUCCAUUAUAUUAAGGGCUAUGUAUGGCACUUAAAAGUUUGAAUAGUAAA